CUUGUACUUAUCUCGACCGUAAAGACGGAGCGGAUUUCUAGUCGUAUUUAUAAUAAGAGGCUUUAGCCUUUUCACUUCCCCCAAAUCAAAAUCUUCUGAGUAAACCAGACCAUGGAUUCCGAAACCCUAAUUUCAUCUUCUGCUCCCCCAAAUCAAUUAGAUCAUCAUCAUCCUGAUUCAGAAACCCUAGCUCCUCCUCCAGAAACCCUAGCUACAGAUCCCGAAACAGCAAAUCGAGAAGAAGAGCAACAACAGAAUCAAUUGGUAUCUCAAAACGGCGGUGGUAGUAGCGGUGGUGCGAAUGAGAAAGAUGGUUCAGGAGGCGGCGGUGGUGGUGGUGAAGAAGAAACAAACAGUAGAAGGAAACGUCGGAGUAGAUGGGAUCCACCGACUGAAUCUGAAAACGCUGAUUCUGGAACUCGAAAGAGGAAAUCCCGUUGGGCAGAUGAUGAUCCAAAACCAGUAAUUCAACUUCCAGAUUUCAUGAAGGAAUUUACAGGUACUAUGGAUCUUGAUCCAGAAGUUCAAGGUCUUAAUAUACGAUUGUUAGAAAUUAGUAGAUUAUUAUCAUCUGGAUUACCAUUAGAUGACCGUCCUGAAGGUGCUCGUUCACCGUCACCUGAACCUAUUUAUGAUAACAUGGGUGUUAGAAUUAAUACUAGAGAAUACCGUAAUCGGGAGCGAUUGACGAAAGAACGGUCUGAUAUUAUCAGUCAAUUGAUUAAACGAAACCCUGCGUUUAAGCCUCCAGCUGAUUAUCGUCCUCCAAAGCUUCAGAAGAAGUUGUAUAUACCUAUGAAGGAGUAUCCAGGGUACAAUUUUAUUGGUCUUAUCAUUGGUCCAAGGGGAAAUACACAGAAGAGAAUGGAAAAGGAGACUGGUGCAAAGAUUGUUAUCCGCGGCAAGGGUUCGAUUAAAGAAGGAAGGUUACAGCAGAAACGUGAUUUGAAACCGGAUCCUGCUGAGAAUGAAGAUUUACAUGUGUUGGUUGAAGCCGAGACUCAGGAUGCACUUGAGGCUGCUGCAGGGAUGGUGGAGAAGUUGUUGCAGCCAGUUGAUGAGGUGCUUAAUGAGCAUAAGAGGCAGCAGUUGAGAGAACUUGCUGCUUUGAAUGGAACCAUAAGGGAUGAAGAGUAUUGUAGGUUGUGUGGUGAACCUGGUCAUCGUCAGUAUGCUUGUCCUGCUCGUACCUCAACUUUUAAGAGUGAUGUUCUUUGUAAAAUUUGUGGAGAUGGAGGUCAUCCUACCAUUGAUUGUCCCAUGAAGGGCACUACUGGAAAGAAAAUGGAUGAUGAAUACCAAAAUUUCCUGGCGGAAUUAGGUGGUAGCGGUCCUGAAUCAAUGACCAAGCCAAAUUCAGCAGUGGCUCUUCUCGGGGCUGGGUCUAAUAGUUCAGGCAGUGUUCCUCCAUGGCAAAGUGGUAACAACUCCGGAGGAGGGGGUAUUGGGUCUGCAACACAACCAGGUUUAAUGACAAAUGGGGCCAAGACCGGGAAGGAUUAUGAUGACACAAAUUUGUACAUUGGGUAUUUGCCACCAAAUCUUGAUGAUGAUUCGUUAAUUCGUCUGUUCCAACCCUUUGGCGAUAUUGUGAUGGCUAAAGUUAUCAAGGAUCGGGCGACAAAUGUAAGCAAAGGUUAUGGUUUUGUGAAGUAUUCUGAUGUUGCACAGGCGAAUCAAGCUAUUGCUAGUAUGAAUGGCUACCCUCUCGAGGGGAGAGUGAUUGCUGUUAGGGUUGCAGGUAAACCUCCUCCGCCUGCGGUGCCAUCUGGACCUCCAGCUCACAAGAUGCCUACUUACCCUGGUCAAGAUCAGGCUAUGGGAGGAUAUGCUUCUCAGCAAUUCACAUCUGGUGGACCUCUUCCGAAUCCACCCCAUAGUGGCUACAUGGCGGCACCAGUUCCUUGGGGGCCACCUCCUCCGUAUGCUCCCUAUGCCCCACCCCCUCCUGGUGCAAAUAUGUACAAUCCCGUGCAAGGUCAGUCUAUGCCACCUUAUGGUUCACCAUAUCCUCCAACACACCAAACCACGCCUCCUGGUGCACCUCCUAGUGAUGGGCAACAGAGCUUCCCCCCUGGUGUUCAAUCCCAAAAUACUCAACCCCCACCUUCUAAUAUGUAUGGAAUGCCUCCAAAUCCCUCAUACCCCCCACCAAAUUACCCAUCUUAUUAUGCUGUACCUCCUCCUCCUCCUCCUGUAUCACAUUCAAUGGGUGACCACUCACAAAACAUGGCUGCUGUUCCUUGGGCCUCAAAUCCACCAGCGCCUCCACCUGUUUCAUCUGCCGAGCAGACAUCUUCUGGUGUUGAGGCUGAGUAUGAGAAGUUCAUGGGGGAUCUGAAAUGAAGCGGUUCAGAUCUUGAGAUCAGUCUCGCUGGGCAAAGUUUUACUGCUGCUUCCCCCUGAAGGCCCUAUGAUGCUAACAGUUUCUUUGCUUUAUUCCUUUUAUGAAUAUGGGAGACUAAUUGCUGAUGAUUUGGUGUUUUUUGUUUUUGAGAUGGGUUUUUACUUAAUUUUCUUGGUUAAUAUUUAUCUUUGAUCUUAUUGGCUUAAUAGCUCUGGUUCUGUAUUAGCUACUAAAUCAGCUGUUAGUGUGGGGUACGUGCAGAGAACUCUUUUCGUCUAAUUCUAGCCUAUAUUUCCUAUUUAAUAAUGUUGGUAGUCUGAUGAGGUUCUUUAGUUAUUUGUGGCAGGGCGAUGGAUGGGCUUCUGUAGCUCUAGUAAUUGACCCUAUGAAUCUAGUUUUAAGUCUUGUAAAUUAGUAGUAAACUUUUUUUAAAUCUUUUUGUUGUUUUUGGCCAGUGACAGAGUUAGGUGUUGUGGGUUUUGGUAGAAGAAAACAGAAAUACUUUCUUCUUCCAACUUCUUAAAAGAAACCCACAUCUCUGGUUUUGAAAUUAGGGAGAUAAAUCUUUGAUGAGAAAUUCUCAUUGGGUAAAUCUCUAAGAGGCAAGGCAUGAAGGGGUGAACAGAGUAAUGGGUUCCAAGAGUAAUAGACUAGCAUGAUGUUACUGUUAAUGGGUUCUGUUCAAGUAGUUGGUACUUAUUGGUCAUCAUAUUUUUACCUCAAAGAGAACUUUGCAUGCAUUUGUGUCGGAAUCCUGGGAUGGAGACUCAAAUGCCCCGAACUACAGGGUUCACAAUUAGUUGCAGCAAACAAUGGCAAACAAUGAUGUUGUGUUGAAGGGAUGGUUGUAAAAUCCUGCUGGAAAAGAAACCAAUCCUGGGUAUUACCAAGGAGCAGAUGAAGUAACUGGAGAAGUUUCCUCUGUUUUUCUUAAAUUUGUGGGACAGGAGAUUACCCAGGUUAUGCUGGAGUUCGUUGGUUGAUUUCAGGUACUGGUGCGGGUUACAAUGCCUGUGGUGCUAAUGGAGAAAAGUGCUUGUUGCCAGCAAUGAUUUGAUCUUUCUACCUCAACUUGCUCGCUUUGGUCUAGUAAAAUAAAAUAAGAUAUGUACACACUUCUAGAGAUCAAGAAAAAAGCAAAAACUUCUCUUGCGAAAAUCAUGUUAUGUCAAUUUGACUAAACUGCUUGAUAAACCGCCUGGGUGAGGAUAUUUUUGUGGCUUUUCACUUUAUAAAAUCCAAUUAACGGCA